AGCUUUAUUUAUUAUGGAGAUGGUCAUUUUGACAGCUAGCAUUAUCUGUCGAGCUAAGCUAGCCGUAGUAACUCGGCUAUCCGGAGGAAAAAGAUGGGAAAACAAAGUGAAAGUGCCCGUGAAAGUAGCUCGGUUGUUACGGUGUAAUACACCGUGUUUACCCGGAGAACUGUCGCUCGUCCGGGGGCACGCGUUGGGACGCGCAGCGGCGUAGUGCAGCGUUGUGUCCAGCUAGCCUCCGGAGCUAACGCGGCUAACGAUUGCCAGCGAAGCGAAAGUCUCCUCGACUCGUCCGUCGCGAGGACGUUUAGCGGACACCGCCGGAGGAGGACGGAGAGCCCGCUCCACGCCGACGGGGUUCAGCGGUGGUUCUGCGUGGUUUUAAUGGACUCGUCGUCUGGUUCUGGAUCUUAGUGCCGCUUUAAACUGUCGUUAAACUUCCAGCGGUGCAGCCCCGGGCAUCCUGGAGCUCUGCGGUCCGGGUGCGUGGAGCCGAGCAGCCGCUCGGUGUCCUCUGGCUGGGGGCUGCUCGGUGUCCUCUGGCUCGGUGCUGCUCGGUGUCCUCUGGCUCGGUGCUGCUCGGUGUGCUCAGAGGUGAAGAGGCGGCGACGAGGAGCCCGCCGCAGCCCCUCAACCCGGUCCUUCAGCCGGGUCUGGGAAGCUUUUUGUGGGAGGAUUGGACUGGAGUACCACACAAGAGACGCUUAGAAACUACUUCUCGCAGUACGGAGAAGUGGUAGAUUGCGUCAUCAUGAAGGACAAAACCACAAAUCAGUCGCGAGGCUUCGGCUUCGUCAAAUUCAAAGACCCCAAUUGUGUCCGGACGGUGCUGGAGACGAAGCCGCACAAUCUAGAUGGAAGAAACAUCGACCCGAAGCCGUGCACUCCCAGAGGAAUGCAACCGGAAAAGUCUCGAACCAAGGAGGGCUGGAAGGGCAGCAAAGCCGAUAGCAAUAAAUCAAAGAAGAUAUUUGUAGGUGGAAUCCCCCAUAACUGCGGCGAGCCUGAACUCAGGGACUAUUUCAAUAGAUUCGGAGUGGUCACCGAGGUGGUAAUGAUCUAUGAUGCGGAGAAGCAGAGGCCCCGAGGUUUUGGAUUUAUUACUUUCGAGGCCGAACAAUCAGUGGACCAGGCUGUCAACAUGCAUUUUCACGACAUCAUGGGCAAAAAAGUGGAAGUGAAGAAGGCGGAGCCUCGUGACAGCAAGGCCCCGGGCCAGCUGGGCCCCGGCCAAUGGGCUCCGAGGGGCAUCCUGAGUGCAGCUAACGGCUGGACGGCUCAGCCGGCUCAGGGCUGGCAGCAGCCCUACGGGGCGCAGGGCGUGUGGGUGUCGACUACGGGCCAGCCAAUAGAUCUGUUCUGUAUUGGAGCAGGCGGGUAUGGACCUCAGCUGACAGCCAGCCGCGGGACCCCCACGCAGCCUCCGUCACCUUUCAACGCAUUCCUGGUCACGACCCCCGCGGGGGCAUUCGCUGCCCCCCAGGGCUACGCUCAGCAGGGCUACAGCACGGCGCCGCAGUACGGUUACAGUUUCGGCGCCCCCCAAGUGGACCAGUACGCUCCACAGGUUCCUCCACCGCCCGCCGCUCCAGGAUCUGCACCUCUGGGUUUUGCACCCGCCACCACACCAACUCAGGACAUGAGCAAAGCUCCCACUGGGCAGCCCGACUUCCCUUAUAGCCAGUAUGGGUACGGACAGGAACUGACGGCCUUCAGUCACGGCUUCGCGGACCCCGGCCAGCCGACGGUGGCGUACGGGGCGGCGCAGCCCGGCGGCGUCCCCCAGUCCGUCGUCACGGCGUUCGGCCGAGGCCAGAACCACAACGUGCAGAGCUUCCAUCCAUAUCGACGCUGACCCCCCCCCCCCCCCCUCCAAUCUCCCAUCUCCCCUUCCCCGCUGGGCAGGGUCGCUGUGUAAAGUUAAAAAAAGAAGAAGAACAAAGACGUCAGGGAAAUGUGUGUUCUCGCAAAAAAAAAAGAAGCAAAACUGGAGUUCUGGAUGGUUCUGUUGAACGCACAGUUUGUGGAAGCAGGAUUUCCAGUAAAUUCAAAAGGGGUCUAAAGAAACCCCGUUUUUUGUUUUUUUGCAUAACUUAAUGAUCAUUCAGCAGAAAGAAGCUUUUAUCCCCCGACCCCACUCCCCGUGUUUUAUAGUAGAACUAAACUACUUUGCAAUAAUUUUGAUUGUCUGGUCAAACACUAGCACAGAGACUAUAUGUAAAGAGACUUGCAUAUAAAUAUGUAUAUUUAUGGUGGACACAAAUGAAAAACAGGGUCUCAAGUUUCCUCAGCUUUAAAUUCUAGGGAAAAAUGUUUUUAAUUUUCAUUUGGUGGAUUUUGUUUACUUUCUGAGCCUUUAACGUUUGUUUAAAAUGGAGAUUAUUAUAUAUAUUAUACACAAACUGUGCAAUUUUUUAAAAAGAGAAUUUUGUUCUAUAAAUGUACACUUUGCUUGUUUUUUUAUUUAAAGAUGUAGACUUCCCUCAGGUGGCUUUUUUGGGUGCAUUUUUUGCACUUACGCAAAAAGUUUAAAAAAUGGACAAAUUAUUCCAAAAAUAAAUGUUUUAAGAAUAGA